AUGGAAAACCAAGUGGAAGCUUUGCAUUUAGAUGGAGAUUUGAAGAGGAUGACGGAGAAACGAUGGAGUCGUAGCGAUACUAUCUUGUCGAUUGGUAAUGAAGUGGAAGAUGGCGAUGAUCAGGAGCUGAAGAGAAUCACUACAAGUGAUGGAAGAGGUUUCAAUACUAGUGACAAGUGGGCGGCCUUUUAUCCAAAUCAAAAAGUCACGGUCGUCACGAGUAUCGGACAGCCACCAAUUCCUCCAGACGGGUACGUCCCAUUGCGGCAUGGACAUCGUCGUGAAGUGCAGAAUCCGGAGAAUUGUAUGUUGUUUGAACACGACGUGGCAAACGGUUUCUCGGUGGAUACAUUGCUGUGGAGUGAAAAGUUGUUGGAGGAGCGCAUUAUGCAGUUAACAGCAUGGACUCGACGAUCUCCUUUGCCGCGUCGCCAGAAACUGGAACGCAUUAACCGCAUGGUGAACCAGUCUUAA